UCACUCUCUCUCAUUAAAAUUAAAUUAAAAAAAAAAAAGUCAGAUUAUUUUUUGUGAAGUCGUAAAGUGUUUGCUUUACAGCUCAACUUCGUCGUCUUCCUCCUCCUUCCUCCUCGCGGAUCCAUUCUCAGGAGUCGAGUCUCUUUGUGUUUCUUCAAGAAAGAAAGAGCAUCACUGAGUAUAUGAUACGAGGGGAGGAUUCUGAAGGUUGUUCUUUCAGAUGAUUGGCAAUCACUAUGCUUGAACGCUGCCAUGGGCAUCUGUGUGAGGAACCACUGCUGCUCAAGGCUUCUUUUCAUCACUUUUCUUUGUGCACUGACGAUUGUUAAUGACGCGCUUAGUCCUGAUGGUGAGGCGCUUGUGAGUUUUAGAAGUGGAGUUUCUAAAUCUGAUGGUGGCAUCAGUCAGUGGAGACCAGAGGAUCCUGAUCCGUGUAACUGGAAGGGAGUGACUUGUGAUUCUAAAACAAAAAGAGUUGUAGCCUUGAAUCUUGAUCAUCAGACGUUAAGGGGACCUUUACCUCCUGAGCUUGGACAGCUGGAUCAGUUGAGGCUUUUAAUGCUUCAUAACAACGCUUUAUAUGGCUCAAUACCUGCAGCAUUGGGAAAUUGCACAGCAUUGGAGGGAAUAUACUUGCAGAACAAUUACUUGACUGGGACAAUCCCAAGCGAAAUGGGAAACUUGUCUGCGCUUAAAGAUCUGGACAUCUCAAACAACAAUCUCAAUGGAGCUAUCCCUGUUUCAUUUGGGCAGUUGGAGAAGCUGACUACUUUCAAUGUCUCAAACAAUUUUCUGGAGGGAAAAAUACCUUCUGAUAGCUUACUCGCCCGAUUUUCAAAGGACUCCUUCAUUGGAAAUCUUAACUUGUGUGGAAAACAAAUUGAUGUGGUGUGCCUAGAUGACAGGGGAAACUCUUCUACUGGGUCUACGGCAGGCCAAGGAGGUAAAACCGUUAAGCUGCUUAUAAGUGCAUCAGCUACUGUGGGUGGGUUGCUCCUAGUGGCGCUCAUGGGUUUCUGGGGAUGCUUUCUUUAUAAAAAGCUUGGAAGAGUUGAGAGUAAAAGCCUUGCCAUAGAUGUCAGUGGAGGUGCGUCUAUCGUGAUGUUCCAUGGAGAUCUGCCAUAUGCUUCUAAAGACAUAAUCAAGAAACUGGAAGCUCUUAACGAAGAGCAUAUAAUAGGGUGUGGAGGUUUUGGAACAGUUUACAAACUCGACAUGGAGGAUGGCAAUGUUUUUGCGCUGAAGAAAAUAGUAAAGUUAAACGAAGGGUUUGAUAGGUUUUUCGAAAGGGAGCUUGAGAUUCUUGGAAGCAUCAAACACCGUUACCUCGUGAAUCUACGUGGAUACUGCAAUUCACCCACAUCAAAACUUCUCCUCUAUGAUUACCUUCCUGGUGGUAGCCUUGAUGAAGCUCUUCAUGAGAGAGGCGAGCAGCUGGAUUGGGAUUCACGAGUAAAUAUAAUAAUAGGAGCAGCGAAAGGGUUAGCAUACUUGCAUCAUGAUUGUUCUCCUAGGAUUAUACACCGUGACAUAAAGUCAAGCAACAUUUUACUCGAUGGAAAUCUUGAGGCUCGAGUAUCAGACUUUGGACUUGCCAAGCUGUUAGAAGACGAAGAAUCUCAUAUUACAACCAUUGUUGCAGGCACAUUCGGUUACUUGGCUCCAGAGUAUAUGCAAAGUGGUAGAGCUACAGAGAAAACAGAUGUAUACAGUUUCGGAGUUUUGGUUCUGGAAGUCUUGAGCGGUAAACUCCCCACGGAUACCUCCUUCAUCGAGAAAGGCUAUAACGUUGUUGGUUGGCUAAACUUCUUAAUCAGCGAGAACCGUGCACGGGAGAUCGUUGAUAGAAGCUGUCAAGGAGUAGAGACAGAGUCUCUUGAUGCUCUUCUAUCCAUAGCAACAAAGUGUGUCUCUUCAAGUCCAGACGAGCGUCCCACAAUGCAUAGAGUCGUCCAGUUACUUGAGUCCGAAGUUAUGACUCCUUGCCCUAGUGAGUUCUACGAUUCCAGCUCCGAUUGAUAACAUUCAUAAGUCUCUUCUUCUUCUCAAUUCGAUUUCCUGUUUCACAUCAAAAGGUUCGGGCAAUUCAUCUUUUUGUAUUUUUUGGUACGUUUUCUGGAAUUGGUUAAACUCUUUCAUUUGAUCUGAAUAUGAAACUAAAAUGUAUAUGUCCAUUGUAGAAACACUGUUAUGUUUUCUUAAGAAGAAUCUGAAUAAUAAUUUCAAUUAUAUU